AUGAUUUUUCUUGUUUUCACUUAUGGUUCCACGUGGAUGUUGAUAAUUGCAAUAUGGAUGUGGCCAGAUGAAUCAACAAGACAGAAAUUGAACCAAUAUUUCAUUGGAAAAUACAAUGAGAGCACAGAAAACAUACCAUUUAUAAUUGCGGAUUAUCAACGCACUUCAGAAUUUGAUAAAAAUGGAUUAAUUGGGAUGGGCUUAGCGACUGUUGUCUCAAUAGUUUCAUUAUUGAUCGACGCGUUUUUGGCAGCGAAAAUCUAUCUCGCGUUGAAAAAUCUGAACCUAAGCAAUAAUGUCAAGAAAAUGCAUCGAAAUUUAUUGAUAACAUUGAUCGCUCAAACAAUUAUCCCUACAAUUCUCACAUUUAUUCCAUGUUUACUCAUUUGGUUCGUCCCUUUGCUGAAUGGUUUGAAUAAUUUUGAUAUAAGUUAUUAUCUUAAUUCAAUAUGUGUUCCGAUGCUUUGCGCUUAUCCAAUAAUUGAUCCACUUAUUAUAACUUUUGCGUUGGUUGAUUAUCGAGAAGUUAUUUGCCAAAAGUUUCGGAAAUUUCAACCAAGGGCUACACCAAUUUUUCCAACAAUGUUUCGAACAACACUGGUGUGA